CUGGCCGAGUGGCCGGAAGGGAAAGGGGUUGUGGGGGUGUGUGUGUGGCCGGCCUGCUCCCCGCCCCGCGCCCCCUGAUCGGCUUUAGGGGCACCGGAAGGCCAUCUUCUCCAACCGAAGCUUUCGAGGCCGCCGGGCCUCCCCCUUUCCCGGGGGCGCCGGCUGGCUGGCUGGCUGGCUGGCUGCUUCCAGGAGGGCUCAGGCCCGCCGGCUCCCUUUCCCGCGAGUCCCGGAAGGGUCUUGCUCUUGGCAACCACCGACUCGCCCUCUGGCGACCGAAGCGGCCCCGCCGGAGCCUAGCCGUUCCUGCCCUUUCCUGUCUGCCGGUAUGGACGAGAGACCGGGCGCUCGACAGACACGCGAGGGAAGCUUCAGACGCGCCCCGCGCCUCUCUGGUGGUCCUGUGCCUUCGCGACCCACCUCGGAGACCUCGCGCGUUCCGAUGGAGUAAAGAAGAAGGCUGUUCAAACUUCUUGCUGCCGCCUCUUAGGAAGGACAGGAAAGCCUCUACAAGAGGAGCCCUGCUUGCCACAAACUCGCCACUCCCCACUUGUGUAGGGAAGCAUUUAACCCAAGAUGGUUGCAUUUACCCAGCAACAAUGAAGUUUCUGCUGGUUUUUGAUUUUGACCAUACAAUCGUUGAUGAAAAUAGUGAUACUUGGAUUGUGAAAUGUGCACCUGCUGCAAAGCUUCCUGAUGAAAUUAAAAAUUCUUAUAAAAAAGGACAUUGGACAGAAUACAUGGGCAGAGUCUUCAGGUAUCUGGGAGACAAUGGAGUAAGAGAAGAGGAGAUGAAAAGGACUAUGACAGCAAUCCCAUUCACUGCAGGAAUGAAAGAACUCCUAGACUUUAUACGUAAACACAAAGACUUUUUUGACUGUAUAAUUAUAUCAGAUUCUAAUGCAAUAUUUAUUGAUUGGAUUUUAAAAGCUGCUAGUAUUUCUGAGCUAUUUGAUGAAGUGUUUACAAAUCCUGCAAGUUUUGAUGGCUGUGGAUAUCUUACUGUACAAAACUGCCAUGUCCAUGAUUGCGUCAAGUGCCCCGUUAACCUCUGCAAAAAGAAAGUCUUAGAAGAGUUCUUAGACCAUCAUGUGACGCCAAGGGUGAAGUACUCACAAAUUAUAUAUAUAGGUGAUGGUGGAAAUGACCUGUGCCCAGUCAUGUGUUUGAAAAAGGAUGAUGUUGUUAUGCCAAGACAAGGAUAUACAUUAGAGAACAUGAUAUUAUCUGAAAACGUUCCUGUGCAGGCUUCAGUUGUCCUAUGGUCGUCCGGUAUUGACAUACUGGAAUAUUUAGAAUUACUUAUAAAAGGAUAGAUCAAAUUAAUGUUGAUAAACAACAGGCAAUUGGUGCUAUCUUGAUCUUCUCAUGGUAUGAUCAUUUAUGAAUGUUGGGGAGGGGGGAAAUAACAUUUUGUUUACAUUAUGUUAAGUCGUUGUCUUCCCUUGUGCAAAGUCAGUGGAUAAGGGGAGAUUAAAUGGACAGGCAGUGCACCUAAGAGUAGGGAGAAUUAUAUAUUUCAAGAUAGUAGAUGCCAAAGUCAUUAUCAAAUAUGGUUGUUGUUUAAUAUGUACUUCAUGUCAGGAAAGGUAUCAAAAGAGUGUUUUUAUUAUAUUGGAAAUCAGUUUCUUUUUAAUAAUAUACAAGAUAAAGGUAACUACUUUCUAGAAGAAUAAAAUGUCUUUUUCCAGAGUUAAAAAAAAUAUUCCUAGCCCUUGCAAAGGGGUAAAAACUACUGAUGAUAGAUAGAAGUGUUACACCUGAAGCCAAGAUAAUACCAUAGCAUUUCACUUCUGGCAGUUGUAGCAAUCUUCUAAGAAAAUAUUUUUGCCAAGUGAUCCAAUGGAUAAAUUUAUUGUUCACAUGAUUGACUUGUUGCUUUGGGUUUAAUUCAUGUUAACAUCCCUUCCCCACAGGAGCCCAAACGCUAUUUGCUCCUUUUAUACCUCAGCUACUGCUUGCAAGUCUAAAGCUUCCAUGUGUGAGAGAAAAAAGGAAUGUCUAUACAGCCCUGUACUAUAAUUAACUGAGGGGAGUUUCAUGUGUACAUUAGUCUAGUGAUGAAGACUAAUUUGGUG